UUUAGAACAAGAAAAUUCUAUUAUAAGAAAAUUCUGUAUUCUAACAAUAGAGAAGAGAAGAAAAUGAUACUGAAUUCUGCUUUUUCUGUGUUUGUUCAAUGGAAAAAUCCAAAGAAAAUGGUACAUUUUGCUACUUCUGCUACUAAUAAUUUAAACAACACAGAGAAGCUUAGAGAACAAUUAGACCAUCUUCACAAAGAAGCACAAAGCACAAGAAACAAAGCGAAUAAUGCAAGAUCGAGGCUACUUCGAUUGUCUGAAGCAGCAGAGAAAUUUCGGCGACAGGCAGCCAUUAAUGUUCGAACUGGAAAGGAAAAUGACGCCAGGGAGCUACUUUUUCAAAAGAAGAAGAUAAUGCAAGCCAUGGAGAAGUCAAAGAGUCGCAUUGAAUUGCUUGAUGAACUUGCAGCAAAGCUUAAUGAGGCGAUAUCUAUGAGGGAGAAGCAGUUGAUUGGAAAUGUCGCUUUAGACCUUGAGAUUACUACAGAUGAUGCUCCAAGUCCCGUUCGAAUCGUAUCUCCGAAGGAUGAAAAUCCAGAUAAUUCAGAUGAAAAUGAAGACUUUAACCAGGAAACUAUAAAAUUAGAUGAUAGCCAAGAAUCGCAAGCUCCCAAUGAUGGUAAUGCUAACCUUGUAACUGAUGAUGAAUUGAAAAAUCUUGAGGCAUCAACAAGUGGGAACAUGUCCAAGGAAGCCGACAGGAUCAAUAGUUUAAAGGGGGUAUCUUCAUAUGAGGAGUUUUUGGAACAUAUAGACCAACAACUUAGAGACAUUGAAGUAGAACUUGUCACCUUUUUGAGAUUUUCAUCCUUAAUACUUGAAAGCAAAGAGAAACUAGAAAACUCAAAGGUACAGCAAGCACUGGACGUUCUUGAGGGUGUUCAUCAGCUUAGAGGGAGAAUCGAAAGCAUAGUGCAGAAAAAAGCAGGUGUACAUUGAAGGAUAUUUGCACUGUAUGCAAUUCGUGGCAUUUUUUUGUGGUUCCUGUUUGUGGUGGGACUUUGCCUCUAAAGCGCUCUCUCAAAGAACCAAAUUGCUGUAAGAUAACAAGAUUGCUUUGUGAAUAACAGGAGAUUACAACAGCCUUCUUUCACUGAUGGAUAGUUUAUCAUGUUCAUUUGUAAUAUAUUUCUGCACUGUACCAACUCUGUCAAAUUUCUCUUUUCCAAUUGUACAUUCAAGCAAUUAUAUCUGAAGUAUCCUUUCACUA